CAUAGGUAGAGAGUUCUGCUUUACGCCACCUGUAGCCCAUUUCGAUGGCUAAUAGCUCACGUAGAAUUUCUCAGCUGUUUAUUGUGCACUCUAACUGAAAAUUUACAAAAGUGGUUCUUUAACAAUUUAAACAAGUUUUUGCUUUGGACAGAUAUAGGCAGCCGGAAACAAUCUAAAUAAAUAAACAGACUAUAACCUGUUUGUUUAUGUUAUGAGUGGCGUAAGAGAAAAUUAACUUGCACAAAUGAAAUCAUCAAUAAUUACGUGAAUACUUUGAUGCUCAAAAAGUGAUGAAGCAUGUUGAAUUCUUUAGCUGUUUCUGAAAUUUGACGUUUGAAAGAGUUUACUGAGUUUGAUCAUGUUUCAAACACUGUUUUGAGUUAAGCAACUGAACUGAAAUGGGCCAGGUAUUGAAAAAACUUAAAGAACAUGAAAAUGACAUGAAUGCUGGCAACUGUUCUAUAGGUUUCCCUGAUCUUGCUGAUCUUCCUCCAGAAAUAAGUUUGUGUGUUUUAUCUCACUUAAAUGCCACUGAUUUAUGUUUAGCAUCAUGUGUUUGGGGUAAACUAGCACAAGAUCAGAUUUUGUGGCAAAGUUUAUGUAAAAGUCAAUGGAGAUAUGCUUCUAUUUAUUCAAAAGAGAAGCAUAAAGGUUUCUCCUAUCAACAACUGUAUUUGCAGUUAGAUGAAGGAACAAUUACUUUCAAUGCUGAUGCUUUUAUGGGUAUGGAUUACUUCAUUAAACAUCAGUUGAUUGAUGAUAACCCACAAGAAAUUGCACAUUUUAUUUACUGUACACGAACUCUAAAUGUUCGACAAAAGAGAAUAUACUUAAACUCAAGGAGAGAUGUCCUUUGCCAUCUGAUUGGAAUGCACAAUUUUUCAAAUCAAUUUUUACCCCAUGCUCUUCGAAGAUUUUUUGAGACUCUCCAAGCGCCAAAUCAACUUGAUAGCUACCUGAAUUUUCUUUUGGAAAAGUUUUCUGCACGUUUUUGUCAGUGUAACCCAAAUCUGCAACUGAAUACUGAUAUGGUAUAUAUCUUGUGCUUUUCUCUAAUUAUGCUGUCUGUAGAUUUGACUAGUCCUCACAUCAAAAAUAAAAUGUCAAAAAGAGAAUUUAUUCGCAAUGUACGUUAUGCAAUUCAUCGAGCUGAUGAUGAGUUUUUCGGACACAUGUAUGAUGAUGUUUAUCUAAGGGGACAUAUUGCUCCAAAUUCCGGAGAUUAGUCAUAAGCCUAAGUGUUUAUAGAAACUAAUGUUGUUCAUGCUAGUCGAAGUCAGAGUAUAUGUUGUAAGCUAUAUUGUAAUUUUUGUUUUUAUUUAAAUACAAUCAUGAAAAUGAUGUAUGUUACUUAUGUGCUAUGCACAUAUUUAUGUGAUUUUCUGUGUUAGACUUGUGUAUUGUGUUGUAAUAUACAUAUUCUCCUGAUCACAUUAUGGUAAAUGUGUUUUUAGAUUUUGCAAAGAAAUUUAUUGAUUUAUUUUUAUGGAUCCCUGAUUUGAUGUAUUUUCUAAGUCAAUUUUGCAAAAGAGUUUUAUUGUGAAAUUUUAGAGUUUAUUUUGCUAACUCAAGCAUUCAGUUUUUGAAUUAUUUUAUGUUAUGUGACUCAAUUUGUUUUGACUAAAAUAAUAUAUUUUUAUAUUAUGACACUGAACAAUGAAAUCACUUGGUCAUUCUAAAUUUUGUGGUGCAUAAGUAAUGAAUUUAAAGAAUCCUAACAACAUAUCUAAGACAUAGUGUUACUUUCUAGAAAUUUUAUUUGGAACAUCAAUAAUUUUAAAUUGUAAUGAGAAAUAUAUGUGAUAUUUUUGUUUAGGAGUAAAAUUUUCAUUCUUUGUGUAAUGAAACAUUUUAAAUUAAGAAAUCUGUUCUUCCUUUAUCAAUCCAAAUUAGGUUGUUAUACUUUAACACUAAUCCACAAUUUAAAAAUAAAAAAACUCAUUAAUUAGUUUGAAUUUUGUUUUUAUUUUUUCUUUAAAAUGAAUUUUAUCGAAACAUGACUGAAUAGCUGUUUAUAUGAAAUAGUAAUUGAAGCAUUCUGUAAGAGUUUCUCAAAAGCAAAAUUGCUAUAUUUUUUUAUAACUGUCAAUGCAGCUUAAAAAUUAAAAAUACAAAAUUGAAGGCUAAAAAGAGAAGCUGAAACUAUUUAAAAUUAUCUUCUUUUUGCAUUAACUACCAGUUUCUAUUAUCUCCAAUAAGUGUUAUUAAAAUAAACUAAGGAAGCUUAGAUUAAAAUAAAAUAAAAUUUAAGUAUUUGAUGUUAAGUUCAUACUUCUUUGUUGUUAUUAAGUUUAUUGCAAUAAGAAUUUUUUAUACUUUAACAAUUUUAUAGCUAAUUAAAACUGCAAGUGUUUAAAAUUAUCUGCUUUUUGUGCAAACUACUUUUUUGGAGAGAAUAUGAAACAUUCUUAGCAUGUGAUUUUCAUUAGUGAAUAUUUUUUAUUUUGAUUUGAUGUAAGUUAGUACUGAUGAAAUUGAAUUAUGUUAAAAAAUCUGAUGGUUAUUAGUAUUUUUCCUCCCUGAUAUAUUUUUUUUAAUGAAUCUAGGAAUUACAGAAAAUGUUUUGGGAAAGUCUUUCAAACUUAUUUGUUUUUAUUUUUUUAUUUUAUAGUGUCAACAAAUUUGCUUUUACGAUCUUUAACCAUUGAGCCUAUAUAAGAUCUAAAAUAUCCUAUUCUUUAUUUUGGCAUCAAAUGUAGCUUUAAGCUUGACCAAUUAAAUCAAAUACUGUCCUGCAAUAAAGGAAGAAAAUUAAGUAUGUUUUUAUGUAUUGAUAUUCACUUGAAAAAAAUAAUUAUUUCACGUUUUUUCAUUAUUCAAGAGUAUAAUCUAAUGUGCGCUUAUGCUCAUUUGUAGAAAUAAAUUUAUCAUGGCUUUAAAAUAUUUCACUACUUUAUUAAUAAAAAAGCAUGCAUAACUUUUAACAUUUUUAAAAUUAUGAUUCAUAUAAAAUUUUCUGGAUUUGCCUCUUGAAAAUGAAAUCCAUAUAAAUGUGUCUUAUUUCUAAUAUAUUUGAAGGGAAAAUAGAGUUAUUUUAUCGACAAAUGAACUACAAUCAAAGAGUUCAACAAUAGAGAACUCUUGCUUUUAUUUUUGCUCCAUGGUGUAAAGUUUUACUGCAUUAAGUUUAUAUGAAAUUUGUUUUUGUUAAAAGUUUUUUUCCUAGUCUCUCGAUUUUCAGAAACUUAUAACAUGCAUAAAAUGCUCAUUAAUUAUAUAUCUAUUAUAAUUAUGUCUUGCUCAAUUAGCUCAUUGUUUAGAUUUUUCCCCUAUGUUAAUGUUACUUAUACAUUGGUAUUGAUUCUGCACGUUAAUCUAAUGCAAGAUUAAAGCCAAACAGAAAUACUUAAAAAUAUUAUUAAAAACAUUUAAAUUUCUUAAGACUAGUGUUAUAAGUGUCAUAUUACACUAAUUUUCAUAUCAAGUCGCUAUAAUAAGUUAUAUAUAUUUUUUUAAAUAUAAGGAACAAAGAACUGCUUCAACUCAAUAUAUAUAUAUAUAUACUUUGUGUUUUAAGACAUACCAUACCAAAGCUGAAUGUAAAGAAAUAAAAAUCUUAAGUAUUCAAAAAUACUGUUUUUUUUCCCCUUCCAUUUAUCCCCUGUAAAAUGUUUUUUCCUGUUCUAUACCUUUUAUUUUGGCAAGAAGCCAACUUUAAGUAAAAAUGCCUAAUUUUUGUUAUCAAUAAAAGUUAUAUGUAAUUAAUAAAUGUAAUACCUAUAACAGUUUUGAUUACUAAUUUGAAUUCAAAAUUGUGUGAAAAGAUGUGUUCAUUUUUGGUCACAAUAUGUCAGGAAAAUAGAACAGUUGAUUAGUUAAUAACAUAUACAGGGGUUGGAAAAAAUAAUGGAAACACUUCUAUGCUGACACAUUUUUUGAUUUUUUUUUUAAAUACAUAGAGAAUUAUUUUAUAAAUUUAGAAGUGUUUUGGUUAUGCGAUUUCUCAUACUCAUAAAUGAGGUUUAAAACUUUUUAAGGUUUGAAGCCCGACAAUAACAUUACAAACAAAAAAUAGUGUUUUUGAACACCUUUUGCCAAAAAAUGUAGCAAUAAAUUUGUAACUAGUAAUAAUUAUUUUGGUUAUAAAUUGUUAAUAAUUUAAAUAAUUAUAAUAAUUUACCUAUAUUUUGAAUUGUUUAAAAAUAUAUUCAGUUUUGAUCACAAUAUGCCAGGAAAGUGGAACAGUUAAUCGUGUAUUAACAUAUACAGGGGUUGGGCAAAAAUAUAUUUUUUUAAUAAUUCCUUAUAUCUACUGUGUAUACCAUUGCAUAUUAGUUUCCUUAAACUAUAAAAAUGUACUGUUCUUAUAGAAGGCUUAUAAAUUCUAGUCAAGAAAUAAAAUUUUAUGAUAUAUCUUGUAAGGAAAUUUUUCUAUGUCUUUUAAAUUUAUUGUAUUCAGAAUAGUAAAUUAUAUGUGUAGCUGCAUCCUCAUAGAAUAGCAGUCAUUUAAUGUAUUGCCAAACUAAUUUAGUAUCAAAUUUUAAUGUAUUAAGGAAGAUCAAUAAUUCAAUGAAAAACAUUUAAUUUAUUACUUGCCAUUAAACUCAAUUCUGCUUAAUAAAUGUUUUUGUAAUACAUGA